CACCUACACCUCGUUAUAGAUAAAUACUGAGCAAACUUUCAUUUCAGAUUAGAAACUGCGCAGGAGUGCACACCAUCUUUCUGGAAUUAAAAAGCCUUUUUACAGUCAUGAAAGUACUUGUAGUUGUUGCAGUGGUUGCCCUGAUUCAUGGCAGUUAUGCCACUUUGCUCAUUAAGGGGCCGACCGAGCCAGUUCUGGAGGGAGAGAGGAUCACACUGGAGUGUCAGUACUCAGACUCUGAGUUCAACAUCAGCCAGGUCCACUUUGAGAUCUUCUCCCAGUACAUAAAGAGAUGGCGUCCAGUUUGGGAGCGAUCUUGGUGCUAUGAUUGGAUGCAAAUCGAGCAGACAGGAGACAGUCUCGUCCUGUCUAUCCCUCGUGCGGGGAAAUAUUAUGAGGGGCCCUACCGCUGUGUGUCCGACGCUGAAAAUGUGACUUCGCCAGACAACUCCUCCGAUGUCUUCGCCUUGAAAGUGCAUUAUAUGGGGGAGCUGUCACUGACCAGGGAAGGCUUCACCAGCUACCUGGGUGUCCCACAGGAGUUGAAGGUGCGACGCGGGGAUGACGUGGUGCUGAAGUGCUACGCCAGCUCAUCAGAGAAGCCAAACUACUACUGGAAUAAGAACGGUGAUGACUGGAUCCUGCCUUCCUCUACGUUGACGCUGAAGAAGGUGAGCGCAGCGGAUGAAGGACAGUACACUUGCAUCGCUGAACAUCCCUCUGUGGAGUCAUUCAGCAAGAGACGCACCAUCAGCAUCACCGUGCUGCCUGAGGAUGCUCCAUGGUAUGAGUCUAGUAAUGGCCGUCUCAUGUUGAUGACCUCUGCGGCGGCUGUGUCUCUCCUGGUGUUCAUCCUCUCCAUGAGUGUGUUCCUGUGCCGCAGGGCCAAGCAGACCAAGACCAGCAAGGGACCAAUUGAUGACCGGUCUCAGAAAAAGCCCAUCUACAAAGCCAGUGUGGAGUCCCUACCCUCCACCUGCGGAGACAAACAACCUCUGGUGUGACUGCACAGGCAGGUGGAAGGAUGAGGAGGGGGGGAGAAGAUGGAACGAGAGAAGAGGAAGAUGGAGUGGGUGGCCAGAAAAUGAGCGAUAGUUAGAGAGGGAGGAGAUGGUGUAUGGUUAUGGAUGGUCACAUUGGGGGAGGAGAGAGGGAGGAAAGGAGGGAGGCAAAAAAGGGACAUUUGGAGACUGUAGGGAGAGCAAAAUCAAAAUCAGUUACAAGCUGGGUGUAGAAAAAAAAAAACCUGAAGGGCAAAUGAUUGCUUUAGAGACACAAAAGCUACUUUGCUUGUGGGUGUAUGCUGCAGUUAUGUAUCUUGGACAAAAAGGUGGGCAAUUUCUUUUCAUUUAUUCAAAAGUGUGGAAAAUGGUGAGCUACAUUCUUAGCAAAAUGAUGCAGGAUGAGCCGUGUGUACCGCAAGAGCUGUAAAGAUUCACAUGGAUUUCUCUCCUUUCUGAUAAAAACAUAAUUGCUCAGCUGUGUAUUAUGAAUGAAUCAUUUGGGUAAUAGGACGUGGUUUUAUUUUGUUGCUUUUUUUCCCUUUCAACCUUUCAAAAACAGAACCAGCUCAAAGCAUCUAUGCGAAGGUUAUUAGAAUCUCUUUACUGUGACAGCCCUCAAGCACAUUGCACUCUACUAUUUUAUUUACUAUAUGUAUGAUUUCUUUGAUUAAAGAUUUAUUAUUAAAUGGCUUUCAGAAAAUAUUA